CUAAGAUAAAACAGCUGUUUUUUAUUUUUCUUCGCCGGUUUUUAUUUAGCCGUGCAGUGAGGUCAUCUGCUAUACAUACUUGCAUUUAUUUUUUUUACAAUAUUGAGUGAUUUUUUUAGCAAAAGUUGAGUUGUUUAUAUGAUUCUCAGUUUACUUAAUACCACUGCGUUGUUAGUUUUCAAGCGCACAUCAUUUACAAUGCCACGCGGGAGGACUUUGCUAAACGUUGUAUCGGAGUUGGAGAAGUUCGCGCCACUUAAUUUAGCGGAAAAAUGGGAUAAUGUGGGUCUACUGAUCGAGCCUCCAAAAGAAAGAUCCAUACGAAAAAUUCUGCUGACCAACGACUUAACUGAGCGUGUAAUGAAGGAAGCUGUAGAACAAGCCACCGACCUGAUUGUGUCUUAUCAUCCACCAAUAUUUGCCCCACUCAAACGCAUUACACAAAAAAAUUGGAAAGAACGAAUUGUUUCUAUUUGCUUAGCAGAGGGCAUUGCAUUAUACUCACCACAUACGGCUUGGGAUGCGGUGCCUGGUGGAGUGAAUGACUGGUUAUCUUCUGCACUACCGUGCAUUGAUAUGCAGCCAAUACAGCCAAACCCUCUGGGUGCGGAGUUUGGUGGUGCUGGACGCACCUUUACGACAUCGCUCACAUUGGGCCAAGCCGUGGCCAGGGUACAGAGGCAUAUCGGACUUAAUGUGCAUUUAGCUUUGGGUGUCAAUCACGACUUGGAUACACCCAUUACAGUGGUGGCUGUUUGCGCUGGCUCUGGAGGAUCGUUGCUCAAAGGUUACGAGGCAGAUUUAUUUAUAACAGGAGAAAUGUCCCAUCAUGAAGUUCUGGAUGCAAAUCAUCAAAACACUUCAGUGAUUUUAUGCAAUCACAGCAACUCUGAACGUGGCUUUCUACAUAAAUUUCAGAAUAAACUUGACGAUAUGCUCAAGGGCGACUGUGAAAUCAUAAUCUCUGAGAAGGACGAAGAUCCUUUGAAGACUCAAGUUAAAAGCUAAACUUUUGCACUUGUUAUUGGUAUUUUCCUUUAAAUUUUUGUAAAAAUUGUAAGCAAAAUAUUUUAUUGCAUUAAAAAUUUGUUUAAAUUGCA